AACUGUAAGCGAAAUAAAUCACGUGAUGACGCAACCUGCCAACAUGUUAACCGUUUUUGCUUGUGACCAGAAGUUUAAAAAUUCAAAGUAAAGGAAUACGAUACUGAAAAUACACGAGAUUCGUAGAGAUUUAUGUUGGAAGAUCAACAACAAAGUGAGACAACACAUACCGUACGCGAGUGUGUUAUUGUCGUGUUUUAGUCCUGUCUUUAGAAAGACGUUAAAGAAAAAAUAUGAAGAUAACCACGUUCGUUCUUAGCUUUUGUGCUAUAGCAGCAAUCAGAGCUGGCCCAAUCAAAAAAUCUGUUAUCACAGCUCCAGGUACAACGAAAGCUUUGACAAUUCCUGCUACUCUUCCCAUGACAAACACUACUCCAGUGAUUGCCCCAGCACAACUUGUAGCAUCAAAGUACAGAGUUUCUUUCAAGUUAGCGGAUGUUGAAUACACUGAUGAAUUUUCCAUAUUUAACACCGCUCCCUUCCAAGAAUACGCGGGGAAAAUAGAGAAUGCUCUGAUGAAUUUAUAUGCUGAUGACAACGCUUAUCGAGAAAUGAAAGUGCUUGGAUUUAGAAACGAAACAGGAGUAGUUGCAGAUGCUUCGUUGCGUUUUGCAAAUGAAAGCACAAAUCUUGUCAGUCUCGAUUCUUUGGUAAAGACCGGUAAUUUAAACGGUUUACCAGUUGAUCCAACUUCAUUAGCAGCAGAAAAAGAUGAACCUAAUCCACAAAUGGCGAUGAAUCCUUGCCCUUCGUGCAUUUCAGCACCAAUGAUUAGUACACAGUCAUAUGGUGCAGCUAUGACCGCUGGUCAAUGCUCAAGCCAGUGCUCAAGUUCCUGCGCACCUUCCUGUCCACUAUCAUGUUGCAAUGGUGCAUCAAUAAACCCAGGAAUAAGACCAAACACAAACCCACUGACGCGAGUUUCAUCGUAGCAACUCACAACAGCGCGGCAAAAUUAUUGUAUAAAUAUUCAAUAAAAAAAACAUGACAUUAUGCCAUGAAUUAUCACAAACAAUUUUGAUUUGUAGCUUAGUUAUUUUAAAUUUGUAAAAAUGAAAUCAAGCAUACUUGAACGUGAAAAAUUAUUGCAAAUUUA